AGCACAAAUACAUUUUCGAACUUAUCAGACGUGAAAAGAGCGAGCUUGAACUUGGCGCUCUCUUGGCCUCUCCUCUAGAGAAAACUCCAGCGCUUGCGAAGUUCUUGACAAUGGCGAUGACGUCGCCGGACGUAUAUAAGCUAGGUUUUGUUGGCGCUGGAAACAUGGCGGAGAGCAUCGCUCGCGGGGUAGCCAAGUCAGGCGUCCUUCCCCCGGCUGCCAUCCGAACCUCUCAUCAUCGGGCGGAUCGCCAAUCGGUCUUCCAGUCUUUCGGCGUGGUGAUAUUGGAGUCCAGCGGCCAGGUGGUCGCUGACAGCGACAUAGUAAUUCUCUCGGUGAAACCACAAGUCGCUAAAAAGGCGCUUUUAGAGCUGAAGCCAUUCUUUACAGAUCAUAAACUUUUAGUAUCAAUCGCUGCUGGAAUUAAGAUGAAAGAUUUGCAGGAAUGGUCUGGCCAUGGUCGAAUAAUUAGAGUGAUGCCAAAUACACCUUCGGCUGUUGGUGAGGCAGCAUCAGUCAUGUGCAUGGGAGAUAUGGCAACAAAGAAAGAUGAGGAACGAGUAGCUAGUUUAUUUAAAGCGAUUGGAAAGAUAUGGAUGGCCGAUGAAAAAUACUUUGAUGCUGUAACUGGCCUAAGUGGCAGCGGCCCAGCCUAUGUAUAUAUUGCAAUAGAAGCUUUGGCUGAUGGCGGUGUAGCUGCUGGUCUUCCAAGAGACCUUGCUCAUGCUCUUGCAACUCAGACGGAACUACCAUAGCCGGCAUUCAUGAACUUGAGAAGGCUGGAUUUCGCGGUUCGCUGAUCAGUGCUGUCAUCGCUGCUGCAAAACGCUGCCGGGAACUAUCAUAAGGUGCACUUCUGCAUUUCCUUAUAACUUUGGUUGAAGAAACAAAGUAUAAGUUGAAUGAGAAACAUUUAAUCCUCAUUGUAAAAUCUGUUGGUAAAGGUCUGAUUUAAUUGAAGAAUAUGUGUUAUUCGAUGUUAAAUCUUGAAAUCUUAUAUUUUUUUUUUCACAAAAUGCCA